UUAAUCCUCACUCUCUUGGGUUUGCUUUGCCAGAAGUCCCCCCAGUCCUAUGAGAUCACUCCUAAAGGCGUGAAGAUCACCACCCUGGCCAACCCAGAGGACUACGGCAUGGACCAGAACAGCGACGACUCCACUGAUGAUGAGUCUGCGCCAAAGAAACCCAUUCCGUCCUGGGCAGAGGGUCUCCAGCUUCAGCAGGCGGUCAUGAAGCAGUAUUACGACCCCGUGGAUCUGCUGGCUCACUUUGGAGCUGUUGAGAUGCCCAAACUCGAGACGAUAUUCCACAAGAGCAAACCACGCUUCUUCAAGCGGACGAGUUCCGCCGUGUGGCACUCGCCCCCUCGAAUGGGCAGUUUGGCCUAAUUUUAUAAAGAGACAUUUUGGGAGAUUUUUUAUGGGGUUUGUGUUUUUUUCCUUAUCCUAUUCUGUCCUUUGAAUAAACUUUUAGAAAAUGCAAUUAUGUCUUCCUUCACUGUUUUGUGAGUAGUAGAGGUGGUGCUGUAAAAUAAAGUUUACCUGCACAGUCA